AUGUGCACGUGCGAUAAGAGCUUAUCUCGGCCCUUUUUUUGCCCCUCUACCUUGUGUAGACAUCGUGCCUUUACGACAGUGAUCAUGGCGGAAAUGCAAAACUCGAACCCCACGAUUCUCAACGCGGCCGAUCUGCCCACGAGAUGUCGAUCCACCAUCAAAAAGGCGGAUUUCAAGGCUGGUAUCUUUGCUGCCGUCGCCAACCCAGCCGACUUUCUCUCCUCGGACUCCGAGGACGAUGACCUGCUCGAAGAGCCUAUCGAUGAGCAGGAGAUCUAUGACUUGAUUAAAUCCAUCUCAGACCCCGAACACCCCCUCUCGUUAGGCGAGUUGGCUGUGGUUUCCCUGCCUGACAUAUUUAUCAAACCCACACUUCCCAACGUUCCCGGAUCUCCCCUGCAGACUUCUGGCAACCGUCAUAGGACUCGGCGUUCGAGUGCGACUGGAGCAGUCUCUUCCCCGCGCUACCGAGUCGAUGUGCGGAUCAAGGAGGGAACCCAUAGCACUGGCGACGAGGUAAACAAGCAGUUGGGAGAUAAAGAGCGGGUGGCUGCUGCCUUGGAGAAUGGCGCUUUAAUGCAGGUCAUCGCCAAGAUGAUGGAGACGUGCCAGUGA